AUGGCGUGUUUGGCCUUCGGCGCCAUCCCUGCCGUCGCGAUCCGGGCUGCCAGAGAAGUCUCCAUAUCCGAUGAGGAGGACUGUUGGAAUACUGAUCUCGCUGCACCGGUUGGACCCGACAAUUUGGACACCCUGAUUGCUAUCAUGACGAAGAACUUGAGAAGGCAGUGCCGAAGUGAGGUGCAAGGGCUCAUAGAAGACCUUUUUGAGGAAUGCAUGAAGCUGGAACGGGCUUCCAAAGAACGAUGCCUGCAGGACUUCUUCGAGUGGUUUACAGGGGCGUACGUUUCUGACAGCUUAUCUGCCGAAUUAGCCCUUGCGCCUGAAGAAGCGAUGCUAUGGGCGGGUUUUCACGAUGGCGAUCCCCGAGGGCUCAACCAUACAGCCUUGGAGGCUUUUGCUGACAUGGUGGACGCGAGCAUCGUGCACCCCAGCACCAUUCUGGGCAGAAUGGUGCAGAAGAACAACGACCUCGUUGGCUGUAGAGGCGAUCCGGGCGCUUCAACACCUUGCUUCAAGGCAUGGUGGAUCGACAAAGGUCCGGUUGUGAACUUUUGGACCAGCGCAAGCCGUGCCUUCGUAGAGGGCAUGGCUGCGAAAAAUCAGCCCUCGGUGGUGGCUGUCCUGAACAAAGGCCUAGAUCCAGCGGAAAAGUGGUCGCUCUACGACUCGGUGUUUUGGAAAUUCGAACUGCCGACACUAGCGCAUGAAGUGGCAGGCAGAGCACUCAAAUACGAAUUUGACUUUCGUCCACAGCUUCUCCUGGUCGACAUGCGGGGCACCUGCCAGAAGAUGGUGAAUCUGGUGACGUUUGAACUGAGAACGGCUAAGUGGGAGCCGGGAGAAGUUCUACAGCUCUUAGAGGAGAAGCCGAUCAUCUGCUUCGAUUGCCCCGAAGGGCAAUGCGACCUGGAUCUGGCCCUGGCCUCCAAAGUCCGAUCGUGUUUGGGCAAGGACUGGCUGUCAUCGGUUCGCAACUGGUUUCGCCGACCCAAGUGUCCAUACUUGUAUGGCGCUUAA